GCAAGCCUGAACCAAGAACUUUGCCAUUACUGGGCUGCAGGUGGCUCAGAAAGAAGCCCAGAUUCGCCUGCUGGAAGGGCGCCUGAGACAAACGGAUGUGACCGGCUCCUCCCAGAACCAUGUGAUCCUGGAUGCCCUGCGGGAGAAAGCGGAGUCCCACCCCGAGCUGCAGGCGCUCAUCCACAACGUGCAGCAAGCUUCUCCCAGUCUUUCAUCCUGAAGGGCUCGGCCAGCCAAGACGACUUCAAGUUCAAGGGGGAACCCAAGCUGUCAGGCCAGAUGAAGGCUGUGUCGGCCGAGUGCCUGGGACCCACGUUGGACAUCUCCACCAAGAACAUCACCAAGUCCUUGGUGUCCCUCAUGGAGAUCAAGGAAGACGGGAUCGGCUUUUCCAUCUGGGAUUCCUACUACAAGGAUAAGGUCUCCCGCACCAUCAGCCUGCCCACCCGCGGCAGCACCUUCCCUAGGCAGUCCCGUGGCUCAGACACCUCGCCUCUGACCCGGAGGAAAUCCUAUGACCGGGGGCAGCCUGCCAGGACUUCGGACGUUGGCUUCACGCCUCCCUCGUCCCCUCCCACCAGGCCGCGCAAUGACCGCAACGUCUUCUCCCGCCUCACCAGCAACCAGAGCCAGGGCUCCGCGCUGGACAAGUCUGACGACAGCGAUUCCUCUGUCUCGGAGGUGCUGAGUUCAGACAUCUCCAAGCACUUGACAAACGUGGCUUCAGCCUCCCAGCACCCAUGGCGAGGCUGGUCAGGAUUGUUAUCCCUGUCGUGUGCCUCGGUUUCCCCAUCUGCAAAGAGUAAACACCUGGGGUGCAGCCUCUUGGCACCGAGGAUCCUGUGGCUGCUGCUGAGGCCUGUGCAGCCUCCCAGAUAUAUUAGAGCAGCCUUGGGGUUGCUCUAACUCACUGCAAUCUCCCAAAGGGCUGCUUGCCAGCUAUGCCACAACCCAGAGUUCCCCUAAUGGGGUGUGCUAAGGCCCUGGCUCUGCCCCCAGCAUGCCUGGGUUUGCAACACGAGCCACAUAGAACCAAUUACGCUAGCCCAAGGCAGUGUCUGUGCCAGGACAACUCUCCUUCCCCCAUUCCCUGCACAUCAAAAGGGCCAGGCUGGCAGAGGAGCAUCUCCCCACUGGCCUUUGGGUGCCUAUUUGAGACACCGUGGGCCUGACUCUGACACCCUGAGCACCAUCAGCUGGAGUAGUGGGUGCUCAGCGCCCCUCAAAAAAUCCAUUCCAACCAUGCCACAAAUGUGCCGUGUGACCCUGGGCUAGCCCUUUCCCCUCCCUUUGCCUCAGUGUCCCCACCUGUAAUCCAACCCUGCUGGGAGGAGGGGAGGUGCUUAGAGAUCCUGGCUGGGAAGCUGCUUUGGGGCUAUCAACCCUCUCCAUGAUGGGCUCUUCCACCUGGGCUCUUUCCUCAGGGGUGUCGAUUCUCAUGUGCUCAGCGCUCUAGAACCUCCCUCUGAACUCUGCUCACAGCCCCAUUGGCUGUUGCUGGGGCAAAGACUAGAACUGGUUUGAGACAGGAUUGUCUCCUGGCCAGGGAGCCAGGAUUCCUGGGUUCUCUCCCUGUUCUUGGGGGAUUGAGAACUCCUGGGCUCCGUUCCCAGCUCUGCCAUUGAUUCGAUUGUGACCUGUUAAAAAUCCCUUCCCCAUCUGCCAAAGCAGGGUGAAGCUCGUUGCAAAACCGGAGUGGGUCAGAUGGAGAGAGGGCGCUUCCCCCCCACUGGCCACGGGGUGGUGCCCUUAUGCCCCACACAGCACGGCUGGAGCAGGGCCCCAGUUUGUUUAAGCCUGGAGGUUCUGGGGGUUGGGUCCGGAGCCAGCCUGUCCCUGCUAGUCUCUGACUCCACAGGGGAUGGGGCAGCGUGUGCCAUGCAGCAGCCUGGACUCUGUUGGCUUCGGGAUCUUGCCUGGAUGGGGCACAGGGGCCACCCACAGCUCUCACGGCGGGAGGGGGGUAGCUCAUCUGUGCCAGCAGCGAGAUGGCCAGGGGGUGAAGCCCGUUUCCUUUCCAAGCCCCUGCCCCAAGCCAAGGCAGGGUCUGCACGAGUCCCUGAGCCCUUAGCACCAACGGGUGAAGUGAAAGCCCUCUAACAUCUUGGUGCCGUGACUCAGAAGCAUCAUGCUGGACAGGUAAGUAGCAACCAGGUAAGUCCCCCUCCCCAACAGUCCACGCAGAUGCUUGGAGGGGAUAGGGCAGGCCUCAUAAUGGUAGUCACAGGUCCUUGCAAGCUGGGGUGAUGGUCUUUUUGGAUAAGUGGAUAUGGAAGAAUCAGAGCCCAUUCCAGGUAUGGGGGGUCAACAUGGGAUGAGAUUAAAAAGAAAAUGGGAGCAGUGUUAGGGAACCCAGAGGGAUGAGGGCUGGCUGAGGAGCCCACCUUCCUUGGUAAAUGGGUAGCGGAAGAAGGUCCGAGCCCAGGGGACAAAAUGGCUUCCAGGGAAAGGAGGCACUUAAGUCCACUUAUAAGAGGUUUGAAGUAAAGGCAGCAUUAUGGGAGGCUGCCAGUAAUCUUUCAAGUUUGGUGCUACUCCAGCAAAGGCAACUGGAGGAUUGUAAAUUAGAGUUAGGGGUGGUUAAAGGUAAUUUGGCACUACAGGGUUUAGAGUCAAAAGCACAGUUAACGGACCACCUUAAAAGACAGAAGCUGCAAUUUGGUUGUAGGGGAGUGAAGAAAAAAAAGUUUUAAAAUGAAAAUGAGCAGGUUAACACAUGGAGUUGCUCGGAAACAGUGAACUGCAACAGAGCAGAGCAAUCCUGAGAUUCAUUUGGGAUGCAAAUAAAAGCAACAGAGACUGGGGGAACAAAUUCAGGGUUUGCAGGAGCAGAUAACAAACCCCACUCCUCUCCCAGAGCCAGGAUAAAAACCUAGGUGUAAGGAUUCUCAACUAUUUUAACCUAGGUAGCCCACUCUUUGCUCAGAGCUAACUAUAUCCUUUUCUUCUUCUUCUUCUUCCACCUCCUCAUCCUCCAUUUGCUUACUUUGCUGCUGUUAGCCUGUUCUUUAA